AUGCUUACUUCCACAGCAUACUUCACCUUGAUCUUUCUCCUCUGCCAGCUCACAGAGCCAGCAGCCUCUGGAGUACUGAAGAAGCUAGUUGGUGCCCUUGGUGGGUCUGUGAAUUUCCCACUGAAUCUCUCAGUAGAUCCAAUUGACAGCAUUAUCUGGGUCUUCAACACAACCACUCUCGUCACCAUACAGCCAAAGUUGGCAGACAAAAAAGCCCUUAUCAUAGUGACCCAACAUCGUAACAAGGAAAGGGUGAAUUUCCCACAUGAAGGCUACUCCCUGAAUCUCAGCAAACUGAAGAAGAAUGACUCAGGUGUCUACCGUGUGGAGAUACACAGCUCAACCCUCCAGGAUCCCCUCACCCAGGAGUAUGAGCUGCGUGUCUAUGAGCACCUGUCAAAGCCCAAAGUCAUCAUAGGUCUGCAGAACAAUAAGAAUGGCACAUGUGUAACCAAUCUGACAUGUUCCAUGGAACAGGGAGGAGAGGAUGUAACUUACAGCUGGAAGUCCCUGGGACAGGCGACCAAUGAGUCCCAUAGUGGCUCCACCCUCCCCAUAUCCUGGAGGCAGGAGAAAAGGGAUAUGACCUUCAUCUGCAUGGCCAGAAACCCCAUCAGCAGCAACUCCUCAAACCCCAUCUUUGCCUGGAAGCUCUGUGAAGGUGCUGCUGGUGGCCUGGCUACCACUGUGAUCCUCAAACUCCUGUUGUCACUCACCCUGCUCUGUUGCAUUGCACUGGUGCUAAUUAUUUUGAUCAUACGAAGAGAAAGAAGAAAAGAGUCCAUUGAAGAGAAGAAGGGACUGAACCUUCAUCCAGAAACUCUUAACUACUCCCCCGCUUUUGGAGAGACCUCGGAGUAUGACACAAUCUCUUACUUAAAUAGCACUGUACCACAGGAAAAUGCAGUAAAUACACUUUAUUCCACUGUGCAAAUACCCCCAAAGGUGGAGAAAUCCCACUCACUGCCCACGUUGCCAGACACACCAAGGAAAUUUACCCAUGAGAAUGUCAACUAA